GAACAAAUGAUUGGACUAGGUAAAAAAAAAUUAAAACCGGAGGCAGCCAUUGACUUCUUCUCUUCUAUCAAAAGAACUGGAGAGAUGGACGGCGCCUUUGUGGCAAGUUCAAGUAUCGUAAUCGAAGCGGCUCUUUCAACGAACACAUAUGACCUUAUCGUCGGGAGCAAACCACAUGCAGCUUGAUAUGAUAUCAUGGGACAAAGCACUACUAACAAUAGCCACAGCAAAGCACCCAGUCCCAUUCGUCUUCUACCAUGUUCAAAUUUGCAUUCUUCGCUCUCCUCUACCUACAGGCCGCCCAGGGUAGCAAUAUUGUCCUGACGAACGACGAUGGCUGGGCCGUGGCAUUGGUCCGAGCCCAGAACAAUGCAUUGAAGGCUGCAGGGCAUGAUGUCGUGCUUUCAUGCCCAGCGGAAAACGAGUCGGGUACAGGCUCUUCUACCGCAGCAGCUACGGUGCUUACGUCCCCAUGCGAGUAUGAUACAUGUCCAACUGGGUCUCCCGCAGAGGGCUUCAAUGCGUCCGACCCUCAUUUGAACUACGUCAAUGCGUUCCCCGUCGACUCGGUCCGGUAUGGAAUCCAGACACUCGCACCCAAGUUCUUCAACGGCAGUGCACCAGAUUUUGUCGUCAGUGGUCCAAAUGUCGGAAAUAACUUGGGGUCCACCGUCCUUAUCUCUGGGACAGUCGGCACAGCAUGUGAAGCAGCACGCGAGGGUAUCCCUUCUAUCGCCUUCUCCGGAGCAACAGCUUCCCAAGUGUCUUACACUACCCUCGAAUCUAAUCCAGACUCAGUUGACACCCUCGCCGCACUAACAUACGCCGCUCUGAGCGUCCACUUCGUGCAGGCGCUGACGGCAGCUGAGGGAACGAUUCUCCCACCGAAUGUCAGUGUCAACGUGAAUUAUCCUGCAACGGACAAUUGUCCAGAUGUGUCAAAUUUCAGCUUUGUGUUGUCUAGGAUCAAUGAGGACGAAGGCGCGACAGAUGUGGAAUGGUGUGGAAAUACAACUUUGCCUGCCGAGUCGAACGUGGUGAAGCAGGGGUGUUUCUCCAGCGUGAGCGUUUUCAAUGCAUCAACCAAAGGCGAUGUGGAUGCCGAUACGCAGGCGUUUGUAUUGGAUAGGAUCAGUGGGAUUCUGACUUGCUUGUCUAGCGGUGUUGGCGGUCAAGUCGCGAAUGACGGGGUCAUGACGAUGGGGACGGUGACGAUGAUGGCAGUGGCGAUGGUAGUGACGGCGAUGAUGGGGAUGGGAUGAUGGCUAAAACCGUACUUCAAGUCAUAUUGCGUCCCUCAGCUGUGAGGUUGUUUGAGCAUCAUCUUUGUCCAACUCGCCGUUAUCCAUACCUUCGCAUUUUUAUAAUGGUGAAGAGCCCCGUGUUUCAACGUGCGUGCUCUUCGCCAUCUUCUAGUUGGGGUCAUCGCGUCGGUUUCGUUAGCGAGUCUAGUUAUUUGACCGUGGUCCGAACGAUAUGUAGCUGCGCUACCUCUGGGUAGUUGACAUCGCAUGUGUAGAAAAGCUUUCAAAUAGUGUUGAUG